AUGUCUAAUAUCUACGGGUCGCCUUUUCCUAAGAUAAAUCCAAAUAUACGCUAUAGAACUACUUUGGAGAGAGCUGGGUUCGAUGUAAAUUUCCAAGCAGGUAAAAAUGGCCAUAAAUCUGGAACGAGUAUAACUUUAAAGAGUGAGCACAGUAAUGUCACGCCGGCGUCCGCGAACUCUAAUGCGUCAGUGAGGAGCCCUCCUUAUAUGAAUCACAAUAAAUCAAAUAACAAUGUACAAGAACAAUUGUUUAAUUUUGAGAAUCCAAACAACAAGAGUAAUGUGAGCAUUGGUUCACAACGGCACAACCAGAAUAAUAAUGCAAGUUUUCGUCUGCAAAAAAAUAAUCAUAGUAAUUUGAGUGUUAAUUCUCAGAGGCACAACCAAAGUGAUCUAAGCCUUGGGUCGCACGGAAAGAACAACGCUGCAUCUCAGGAGUUGAAUCCGGUCGAAAAGAGUUUUAUGAUGUUGACCGAAAACGAUACUACAACUUCGUUCCAUACCGCAGUAGAACAAGAUUUUUACACACCGCAACCUCAACUAAAUCCAUACACGCAAAAGACUACUGCGUACAAUCAAAAUAAUAAUCACGAUUCGUUGAACUUGAAUGCCAAUCCAGAAUUGGAGAGAAACUUGACGAAUCAUUCAGAAGAUCUCAAGCCGGUGAUUUCAAGAACUACUAAAUCUUUGAAAUCCCAUUUCGAUGAAGAAAGUUACUCAUCAAAAAAUAGUAGUGCAGCUUCGAAUUUCAAUCCAAUUUUAAAUGAGCAUAAUGGAAAUGUGCCCUCCGGAAAUAAUCCAAGAAGAAGCGUUGCAGAGUCUUUUAUUUCAGAGGAUUUGAAUUUAGGACUAAAUGAAAAGGUGAAAAUACCUAACAAUGCAUCUGUUUAUUCACAAAGAACACACCAAAGCUCUAAUAGUAAUAUGAGAAGUAAUAAAUCAGCGGAUACCCUUAACUUUUCGAACUCUCCAGUUUCUGAGCGUCAAUGGAAAGGAAAUACUCUAGACGACGAAGAUUCAAGCACCCCUGUUUUGGCAACCAAUCAAGAAGUAGAAAAAUUACUGGAGCAAUUGAAUAACAGCUCACUUUCUAGAGAGAAUAAUCUCGACCUAGACCUACAAAAUAAAUCCUUAUCUUAUGAUGCUUUACAAAAUGUCGAUUACCCAAGAAAAGAUACCAUAGAUCCAUUUUUGAAUCUCAAUAACUCCGAUACCCGUUUUAAGAAAUCAAGUGCUUAUUUGUCCGGUUAUCAACCUAAACUGCAUGAAUUUCAAACUUUCGAAUAUGAAACUGAAGAACUACCUAAAUUGAAUUCAAAUACACUACCGGAGACAGUAAACGAAGAGCCUGUCGAAAAUACCCUGCCGGCAACAACUUCAAUUGAAAAAGGCUUCCAAGAUUAUGAUAAACAGAAUUCAGUUGAAGAUUUAAACAAAGUGGCAACUGAUCCACUACAUUUCAAUGCAGGUAGUACUAUCAAUUUUGCUGACACUAUCGCCACCACUACUGUUACAGAUACUCUUGCUGCUGCUGCUGCUGCUGCUACCAGUACUACCAGUACUACUAAUGACAAACAAAAUAUCGAUACACCUACUAUUGAUAAUUUUGAGAUUAACUCACAAGCUCAAAAAAUAUACCCACCUGGUGAAGGUCCUUGCAGAAAAUGUGGUCUUGAGAUUAUCGGUAAACGUAUUUACUCCAAACACAAUAAUGAACUUUCAGGGCAAUGGCACCGUGAUUGUUUCCAAUGUGCACUAUGUGAUAUCACUUUUAAUAAAACUACACCUUGUUAUAUUAUCGAUGACCGACCAUAUUGUCAACAACACUAUCAUGAAACAAACAACAGCAUCUGCCAAAUUUGUAACAAAUUUAUAGAGGGUGAAUGUCUAGAGAAUGACAAACAAGAACGCUUCCACACUGAUUGUUUAACUUGUUUCAUCUGUAGAUCGUCAAUGAAAGAAGUUUAUUAUAUAUUUAAUGGAGAAGUUCCAAUUUGUGGCAACCACGAUAUUGAUACUUUAUUAAGAGAUGGAUUGGGAGGCAACGCCGACCAAUCUUCAUCUAACAAUGGGAACGGACAUCAUCCAAAUAGAAAUAACACACUCAUGAAAAGAAGGACUAAACUAAUUAAUUUUGCAUAA